UGGGAAUGGGCUAGGAGCAAGCCCAGUCGAGAAAAUAUCUGGGGCGGACCGGAAAGGGGCUCGCGAUGGAUGCCAAGGCUACAGCACGUGAUGGCGUCUUCCUUUCUGCCGUGCUGAUUGGGAGUAAAUCUCCUGUGCUAGCCCAGUACAGACUAGUCCCGCUCUGACCUGCGAGCCCGGCUUAGCGUGCCUGCCUCUGCCGAAAGAGACUCCAUUGGACCAAAGCCCAAAGCUUCAGGGCCUGAGGGCCUCAGGGGAAAGUGGAAGUCCAAGUCCACCAACGCUUCACCCACUCACCCCGUUUCCACUCACCCACUCACUGCAUGAGCGCUGCCCUGUGCAGUUACACACAGAGUCAAGAGAAGAAGAGAGGAGAGGAGAGGAGAGGAGAGGAGAGGAGAGGAGCCUGCAGAUGACACAUCUCAGCGGCGAGCUGGAAAUUGUGAGCAGAAGAACCUACAGUACAGGAUCACACUUGACAAGCUGGACCAGCAGCUGCCAACUGCCAACUGCCAACUGCCAACACUGGCACCAGCUACAACUAUGCCACAGGUUUCCAUCACCAAGUACCUCGACAUGUGCUCAGCAGCCCGCGCUAGACACAAGGACAUCAAGCGCCGAGAGCGCAAAGCUGCCAAGAUGCGAGCCCCUCUCACAAGCUUCCAUCUCUUUCCCAAGCUCCCUACUGAGAUCCGCAUGAUGAUCUGGAAACUCUCUCUUGAAGCUCGUACGGUGGAAAUACAGUGGUCCGAAACCCGUGGCUUCUUCACCCGUGUCCCAACACCGAUCGCUUUGAGAGUCUGCAAGGAUUCACGCGAUGCUGUCAAGUCCAAGUAUCCUCUCUGCUUCGGCAAUGUCCUCUACAAGCCCAGUACCGUCUUCAACUUCUCACUUGACACUCUCUACGUUGAUCAAGACCUGCAGCAUCAAGCAUUCUAUUUCCUUGCCAGCCUCAGUGCUGAAGAAGUUGCCAAAAUGCAAUCCCUUGCGGUCGACCAUUUUCUCAAUGAAGAUUUCGACAUUGGUGUGAAGAUAGAAUGGGAUCUGAUUGCUGCGUAUAGGAAGUUGGCGUCCAGUAUGCCUGCUCUUCAGGAAUAUCGUAUCGUCCACAACCUUGCUUACUGCACUGAUGAAGAAUUCUAUGGUGGAAGCGGACCUAUGAUGCUCUAUGAGGAUUGGCCGGAUGGAAUUUGGGAGCAGCAUUGCUGUGAUCCAGAGCUGUACUGCUAUGAAUCCAAAGACUACAUCUGUGAAUGCCACCGAGUGCCAGACGCUACCAGCGAGGUAGCCGGACUCAAAGUACCUAAGAUGGGUGCUAUUUGGGGAUGGCGACCACUCACGGGUUGAAGCAAAGAUUUUCAACUUCAUAACUCCUGGCUUCCGCGAGCACUGCUGAAGGGAAUGGGGCAACCAAUGACCCCCGUACGAAAUGGUUCUAACACUGAUUAUUAAGCCGCAGCGUUGGUUGGUGCCAGGGAUAUGGCCAUGAUUUCAUUAUUUGCUUUGCUUUGCUUCACUUUUAUCAGAUACCCAAUCUUGCUGGUGCGGAGUCUUUAUACUGGAGGAAUGAUUGAUGUCUUACGAAUACCCAGCAGCUGGGCACUAUUGCUUUGCUAGACUAAAUUAUAAUGAUAUAGCUAUACUCACCAAAGAACUACCACAUAUCCUGUGCCUCGCAAAAAUACCAGUGACUUUGCAAGAUUGAUGACUCUCCACCACCAUGACGCGGGCGGGGCAUCCCAACUUAUCCAAGUUUCCCAAUAAACAGCCCGACGUACUCCUCGGACUCUAUACCCCCUUUCAGCUCGUCCUAGUCAUUCCCCAGAAAGACCCAAAAUCCUGAGUCGUUAUCGAAUCUGCAUCUACCAAUUACUAUCCCGUUCCCAUACCAUCACCCAUGUCGCUCCUGCACCCACGAAAUCCAUAUUUUCCGCUCAUGACCAGACGUAGCUAAAAGUCUCCCCUCUUGCCGACUUGUUUCCAAGCACUGCCAUCUCUCAAAUCCUUACCACCACCCAGUGCUCCCUAUUUAGUCAGAUACAAAGCGGCGGCAAUUUGUGAACGCAUCUCCCCAAUGUCGCAACGACCCAACCAGUAGCCGCUGAGCGUCACCCAGGACAGUUACAGUGCCAGCCCCAACCAUACCAGUCAGCCCAUUAUUUCCCCUUCAAGCCUCAACCCCGCUGGACCAGAAAGCACGAAAAGUCUCACCUUUCACAACCUGGCACAUUGCUCGACACGCAUACUUAAACGACACAUUUCUCCAACACCUUCUUACACGGUGUUACCAUUUUCUGAUGAAUGAAUGGUUCUAUUGAUGGGCAUGAGUUGAUCACAUUCAUGGAUCCGGACCACCUUUUGGGCCGCCAUCUCUGAUUUGUUGUCUUUGGGCGAGGGGGGUUGGUAAAGAGAUGAGGAGAAAGAGAUGGGGCUGCUGGUUCAGUAUGACAAUCAAGAUUCAAGUCGUCUCCAUUGACUUCUCAGUCGUGAUGGGCUUUUGUCAAAUGUGUCUCUUAGAACGUGACACGAACAAUUGAGGAGUCAAAUAAUUGUACGUUAGGC